ACUCCGAUCAGGUCGAGCACUCACCACUGGUCACGCUGUGCUCGAAUCGGAUUGGCCUGCGCCAAAUACGAUAGCGAUGGGGACAUCGCGGUCACUCUAAUCGUCCGGCGCAGUGCCAUAAAUUCCAGAAGAACGGCCUCUCCACAGCUGGUCUGAGCGUUGCCAUCGUCGUUGCGGAGGUCGAUACUCUACUCGUUAUUAUCCGUCGCGAACGGGCAGCAAUCGAAAGACCAGCGACGUGUCUGGCGGAAAACAGCCAUGGUGGAGAUCAAAUACACGAAGAUCUUUAUCAACAAUGAGUGGCGUGACUCGGCCAGUGGGAAGACCUUUCCCAACAUCAACCCGUGCACAGGAGAUCUGCUGUGUGACGUGGCUGAGGGAGAUAAGGCUGAUGUUGACAUUGCAGUGAAGGCAGCUCGAGAAGCAUUCAAGCUUGAUAGCCCGUGGAGAUGCAUGGACGCUUCUGACCGAGGGCGACUUCUCUACAAACUGGCUGAGUUGAUCGAGCGAGAUAGUGACUACCUUGCGAGACUGGAAACCUUGGACAACGGCAAACCUGUCAAGGACGCUCGUGGUGAUGCCGGCAUGACGGCAAUGGUCUACAGGUAUUAUGCUGGCUGGUGUGAUAAGAUCCAAGGCAAGACAAUUCCUGUUGACGGAGAUUUCUUCUGCUACACCCGCCAUGAGCCGAUUGGUGUUGUCGGGCAAAUCAUUCCGUGGAACUUUCCCAUGGCAAUGCAAUCUUGGAAGAUGGCACCUGCCCUAUGCUGUGGCAACACUAUUGUGCUGAAGCCAGCUGAACAGACGCCUCUGUCAGCUCUCUACGUUGCAUCACUCUGCGCUGAGGCUGGCUUUCCGCCUGGAGUCGUGAACAUUGUACCUGGCUACGGACCAACGGCCGGUGCUGCCAUCUCGGAGCAUUAUGACGUGGACAAGAUUGCGUUCACAGGCUCCACCGAGGUUGGACACAAUAUCAUGCAGGCGGCUGGCAAGACCAAUCUUAAGAAUGUCACCCUGGAGCUGGGCGGGAAGAGUCCUAACAUCAUCUUUGCUGAUGCCGACUUGGACUACGCGGUGGAGAUGUCCCACUUUGCACUCUUCUUCAACCAAGGACAGUGUUGCUGCGCUGGAUCGCGCGUGUUCGUCGAGGAGAGCAUCUACGACGAGUUUGUGCGACGCUCGGUGGAGCGCGCCCGCAAGCGAAAGGUCGGAGAUCCGAUGGCUGACGACGUUGAGCAGGGUCCGCAGGUGGAUCAAGAGCAAUUGACAAAGAUUUUGGACUUGAUCGACUCUGGAAAGAAGGAGGGUGCUAAGUUGGAAUGUGGUGGCGAGCGUCAUGGAGACAAGGGUUUCUUCGUUCAACCAACUGUCUUCUCCGGUGUCGAAGAUGAUAUGAGAAUUGCUAAGGAAGAGAUCUUCGGUCCAGUGAUGCAGAUCAUGAAGUUCAAGACCGUCGAGGAGGUGAUCGACCGGGCCAACAACACCGUGUAUGGAUUGGCUGCGUCCGUCUUCACCAAGGAUAUCGACAGGGCUCUGCGUGUCGCCCAUGCCCUUCGCGCCGGCAGUAUGUGGGUCAACUCGUACAAUGUGCUGCGACCGUCUGCUCCGUUCGGCGGCUUCAAAAUGUCUGGCGUGGGCCGUGAGCUUGGCGAGUACGGACUUCAGCAGUACUCUGAAAUCAAGACGGUGGCAAUCAAGGUGACAAAGAAGAACUCCUAAUCAUGUCGCAGCAGAGCAUGCAGGAACUGUUGCCACGGUGUGACCUGCAACGCCCAGACCGUCUCCUUCUCAUCCGUACCGUCGGUGGAAACACGAUGAUUUAUUUGCCAUUUUGUGCUUUACUGUCAAGUGUGUGUGUGUGUGUGUGUGAGAUGUCAGUAGACUUGUUCUUGCCGGGAUUACAACUACCGGUAUGAUUUCUAGUUUUCUUGUUUUUCUCUUAGUUGUCCUCUUGUCCGUCCUCGGCGAAGAAAAGCUCGAAAUUUGCGGUCAAUAUCAGCACAAUGUGUGGCAAAAUCGCAGGGAAUUUGCGACAAAAUCGCAGGGUAUUAGCGACAGUUGUACGUUGCCGGGACGUGUUUGCGUGCGCGCAAUGUCAGACUUUCCCCUGCCCGAAUUAUAAGUAACGUGUGGGUUUUUUUUUACUUUUUGUUUCGCUCUUUUUGAUUGCUGCCUCGUCGCUAGCUAGCUUUGCUUAUCCUGCCUUGCUCUUUAGUCACGGCGCCGCCUAUGCUUUUGUUUCGUUCUUGCCGUGUUUGCACAUACCUUAUCCUUUGUCGCACUAGAGUGCAUCUACAAGAUGCUGAGAACCGUG